UAGUUUAAACUCCCUGACUCGRUCAGUCUGAGCCUGAUACUGCGCUGUGCUGRAUUGUUGACGAGAUCAAGCUAUCAACCCAUCCUUAAAAUGAAACCUGURGUCGUCAUUGCUGCUGCUUGCCUUCUUUUGGCCUUGCUACAACCAGUGCUUUCCAUCAAGUGCUACGUGUGUACCAACACAAAAGGAAAUUGCAAUGAAAACAACAAGGAUUGUCCAUCUAGUUCAAUAAUCAAGUAUGACCGCUGCUUAAAAAUCAAAGUGGGCGAUGUAGUCACCAAGUCAUGCUCCACCAAAGCACUUUGCGACGUCAUGAAGUUUUGUGACGGAAAAAGCGAAUGUAAAGCUUCUUGCUGCGACUCCGAUGGGUGUAACGCCAGCUCCGCCUUGGCGCCCAAAUUCGUUCUAGUCUGUGUUGCUGCUAUGGUAACCAAAUAUCUCAUGUAAAAACAGGAUAUUUKCACACKUUUWAWUUUUUUUACGCCCACCGUAAUUAGCUAGUUUCUGAAGCAGCUAAACGGGAAUUUAAGAUUAAAUAAGAACCUUGUAAAUCUUUUUWAAUGUKUUUUGUUCAUCAAAUUAAAGUGCAUAUGACAAAACCUG